UAGGUGGGUGAACGAGAAUCUAGGGAAAAGAAGCAAAGAUGGGCACUUUUGUGGAUGAAAAUAUUUCCCAGUUGGAAACUACUACCCUUUGGCGCCACCAUCUCAUCCCUUCAACCAAAACUCCCACCAGUGCUUAUCACCACACAUUAUAAUAUACAUCUUUCUACUUCAAUUAACCCUUGUUUCUCCCAAUAAUAUCCUCAGUGCCACUCCCCUUCCCCACCCUUAUACAGUCCUUUCUUAGCCAAAGUGGAGACCCAUUUUGGGUAUUUCACUGGACGAUGAUAAUUGUUUGUAAAGGCAGCGGAGAAUCAGAGACAGAAUGAUUACAGAAUGAAAGCUUUGAGCUUGUACUCUAGAUGUGGAUAAUUCUAAUUCAGUGUUGAUUAUAAAGAAAGAACAUGAUGUUGGAAAAAGGAAACAAAAAAUAGGAGGUGACAUGCCCAUUUGGUCUUGUUUCACCUUCAAGAGAAAACUGCAUGUGAUUCUGUACCCAAAAGGAUUCUUCAGCUACAACCAUGGUGGAUCUUGAUCAGGAGAAAACAGUAACAGUAUCACCCACAACUGUUAAUAUGGCUGCAACAAAGAAGAAGGAGCUUCUUUCCAAUGCUAUGAAGAGGACUAGUGAAUGGAUUUUCUCACAAGAGAUCCCGAGUGAUGUGUCCAUUCAUGUCUCAGAAGCCUCAUUUUCAUUGCACAAGUUUCCAUUGGUCUCCAAGUGUGGCUACAUUAGAAAAUUGGUGUCAGAAUCUACCGAUGCUGAUCUUUCAGUUAUUGAAAUCCCUGAUGUUCCAGGAGGGGCAGAAGCCUUUGAACUCGCCGCAAAAUUCUGUUAUGGAAUCAAUUUCGAGAUUGGUACUGAAAACAUAGCCAUGCUCAGAUGUGUGGCAGAGUAUUUAGAAAUGACAGAGGACUAUGCUGUUGGAAACUUAGUGGGAAGAACUGAUGCCUACUUGAAUGAAGUGGCACUCAAGAGCCUUGCAGGGGCAGUUUCCAUCUUGCAUUCAUCGGAAAACCUCCUUCCAAUGGCAGAGGAAGUGAAAUUAGUGAGCCGAUGCAUCGACACAAUUGCAUAUAUAGUCUGCAAGGACACCCAAUUUAGUUCUUCAGGCAGGGCAGAGAGUGGCACUGAUGGUGUAAAUUCUUCCACACAGUCUCAGACUAAACCAAUUGUUGAUUGGUGGGCUGAAGAUUUAACUGUUCUUAGAAUUGACAUCUUCCAAAGGGUCCUAAUUGCAAUGCUGGCAAGAGGGUUCAAACAAUAUGCACUUGGUCCAAUUCUUAUGCUCUAUGCUCAAAAAUCUCUCCGAGGAUUGGAAAUAUUUGGAAAGGGGAGGAAGAAAAUUGAACCGAGACAAGAGCACGAGAAGAGGGUAGUUUUAGAAACCAUAGUUAGUCUUCUGCCAAGGGAGAAGAAUGCAAUGUCAGUUAGCUUUCUCUCAAUGCUGCUUCGAGCUGCAAUAUAUCUUGAAACAACAGUGGCUUGUCGGCUCGACUUGGAGAAGAGGAUGGCCUCACAGCUAGGACAGGCUGUUUUGGAUGAUUUAUUGAUUCCUUCAUUUUCCUUUACCGGGGACACAUUGUUUGAUGUUGAUACUGUGCUGAGGAUCAUGAUGAAUUGCUUAGAAUAUGAAUUAGAGGGUAGAAGUUUCGGCUUCAAUGGGGAUGAGGAGUAUGUUUCUCCUUCUCCAAGUGACAUGGAGCGAGUUGGGAAGCUAAUGGACAACUACCUUGCGGAAAUAGCCUCUGAUCGUAACUUAUCUGUUUCAAAGUUCAUCAAUCUUGCUGAAAUUAUCCCGGAACAAUCGAGGAUAACAGAGGAUGGAAUGUAUAGAGCCAUUGAUAUUUUCUUGAAGGCUCACCCUGCUCUAAGUGAUUUGGAGAGGAAGAAAGUUUGCAGCGUGAUGGACUGUCAAAAGCUAUCUCGAGAGGCCUGUGCUCACGCUGCUCAAAAUGAUCGCCUUCCUGUUCAAACUGUUGUGCAAGUGCUUUACUACGAGCAGCAACGACUUCGAGAGGUCAUGAAUGGAGGACUCAUAGGUCAAGAAUCACCAUCUCUCCCCCCAAACUUGAAUUUAUAUCCCACUGAUAAACUCCCUGUUUCAAAUGAGCUCUCAAGCCUAAAAAGAGAAAACCAGGACCUGAAAUUGGAGCUGGUGAAGAUGAAAAUGAGGUUGAAAGAAAUGGAGAGACCAGUAGAUAGAUCAGGGGCAAGCAGUCCACUGGUGAUCACUCUUCCAUCAGUCAAUAAACCGCCUCUACCCCGAAAAUCAUUCAUGAGUUCUGUGUCCAGAAAGCUUGGAAAGCUGUAUCCGUUUGGGCGCACUGAUGGAGUCUCCUCAACCAAUGCCAAAGGUCGUAAUAGACCAAGUAAAAAUUGGCGUCAUUCUAUAUCUUGAGACAAUUGGUUUGUCUCUGAGAUCUGUUAGUAUUUUCUGAGAUUCACAAGCCUGUUGGAUUGGUUUGAAGGCUUGGGAAGGAGGAUUACAAGCUUGUGUAUGUUUUUGUUCCUCUUUAUCUCCUUAUCUUCUGUAUCAUAUGCUGUAAAUUAUAUUCCAUUGGUGUCAUGUUUUCAUUAGGUUCUGUGACUCAAAGCUGGUAAAUAGAAAGUGAUGAAGGAUCAAGCAUAUUGUUUCUCAGAUUGUUGUUUUCUCUGAUCUGGGAUUGCAAUAUUGAUGUGGAAAAUGUAUAAUUAAAUCCCAAAA